AUCCGUGUCAAUAUUGCAGAGUGGCAUUUUCAAAUGUUUCCUUUUUGAAGGCACAUUUGAAAUUCAAACAUGGAGGAGAAGAAAUUGCCAAUUGGAGUUUAGGUCUCACUUCUAAGAAUAGUGAACAUUCUUUCCAACCAUCAAGUUUUCAUCAACAUCUUACAAUUUUUAUGAAAAAAAAGGCUUACAAGUGUGACAGAUGUAAUAAAUGUUUUACAAAGCUUAGCCAAUUGAAGAAACACCUUAGAAAUAGCAUUGAAAAAAAGACUCAUAAAGGUGACAUAAAAAUUGGCCAAUUAAAAAAACAGCUAAAAAAUCAUACUGUUAAAAAGCCUUACAAGUGUGACAUAUGUGGUAAAUAUUUUAUAAAGCUUUACCAAAUAAAGAAACACCUUAAAACUCAUACAGGAUUAAAGCCUUUUACUUGUGAAACAUGUGGCAAAUGUUUUUUGCAGUUUUCAAGUUUACAGAGACACCUUCUAAUUCAUUCAGGAGAAAAGCCUCACAGGUGUGACACAUGUGGUAAAAGCUUUUUACAGUUGUCAAAUCUAAAGAAUCACCAUAGACAUCAUACUGGAGAAAAACCUUACAAAUGUGGCACAUGUGGUAAAGGUUUCACAGAAAGUAGCAGUUUACUGAAACACCAUAGAGUUCAUACAGGAGAAAAGCCUUUCAAGUGUGACAAAUGUGGUAAAUAUUUUACAGAAUCAUCAAACUUAACGAAACAUUUAAGAAUUCAUACUGGAAUAAAACCAUACAAGUGUGACACGUGUGGUAAAUGUUUCACAGCAUUUUGGGAUUUAAAGAGACACCUUAAAAUUCAUACAGUAGAAAAGCCUUACAAUUGCAACAAAUGUGGUAAAUGGUUUAUGGAUCGUGACUACCUAAAGAAACAUGUUAAAAUUCAUUCAGAUGAUAAGCCUUACAAAUGUGACAACUGUUAUAAAAGUUUUUCACAGCUUACUUACUUAAAGAUACACUUUAGACAUCAUAACUUAGAAAAGCCUUACAAGUGUGACAGAUGUAAUAAAUGUUUUACAAAGCUUAGCCAAUUGAAGAAACACCUUAGAAAUAGCAUUGAAAAAAAGACUCAUAAAGGUGACAUAAAAAUUGGCCAAUUAAAAAAACAGCUAAAAAAUCAUACUGUUAAAAAGCCUUACAAGUGUGACAUAUGUGGUAAAUAUUUUAUAAAGCUUUACCAAAUAAAGAAACACCUUAAAACUCAUACAGGAUUAAAGCCUUUUACUUGUGAAACAUGUGGCAAAUGUUUUUUGCAGUUUUCAAGUUUACAGAGACACCUUCUAAUUCAUUCAGGAGAAAAGCCUCACAGGUGUGACACAUGUGGUAAAAGCUUUUUACAGUUGUCAAAUCUAAAGAAUCACCAUAGACAUCAUACUGGAGAAAAACCUUACAAAUGUGGCACAUGUGGUAAAGGUUUCACAGAAAGUAGCAGUUUACUGAAACACCAUAGAGUUCAUACAGGAGAAAAGCCUUUCAAGUGUGACAAAUGUGGUAAAUAUUUUACAGAAUCAUCAAACUUAACGAAACAUUUAAGAAUUCAUACUGGAAUAAAACCAUACAAGUGUGACACGUGUGGUAAAUGUUUCACAGCAUUUUGGGAUUUAAAGAGACACCUUAAAAUUCAUACAGUAGAAAAGCCUUACAAUUGCAACAAAUGUGGUAAAUGGUUUAUGGAUCGUGACUACCUAAAGAAACAUGUUAAAAUUCAUUCAGAUGAUAAGCCUUACAAAUGUGACAACUGUUAUAAAAGUUUUUCACAGCUUACUUACUUAAAGAUACACUUUAGAAAUCAUAACUUAGAAAAGCCUUACAAGUGUGACAGAUGUAAUAAAUGUUUUACAAAGCUUAGCCAAUUGAAGAAACACCUUAGAAAUAGCAUUGAAAAAAAGACUCAUAAAGGUGACAUAAAAAUUGGCCAAUUAAAAAAACAGCUAAAAAAUCAUACUGUUAAAAAGCCUUACAAGUGUGACAUAUGUGGUAAAUAUUUUAUAAAGCUUUACCAAAUAAAGAAACACCUUAAAACUCAUACAGGAUUAAAGCCUUUUACUUGUGAAACAUGUGGCAAAUGUUUUUUGCAGUUUUCAAGUUUACAGAGACACCUUCUAAUUCAUUCAGGAGAAAAGCCUCACAGGUGUGACACAUGUGGUAAAAGCUUUUUACAGUUGUCAAAUCUAAAGAAUCACCAUAGACAUCAUACUGGAGAAAAACCUUACAAAUGUGGCACAUGUGGUAAAGGUUUCACAGAAUGUAGCAGUUUACUGAGACACCAUAGAGUUCAUACAGGAGAAAAGCCUUUCAAGUGUGACAAAUGUGGUAAAUAUUUUACAGAAUCAUCAAACUUAACGAAACAUUUAAGAAUUCAUGCUGGAAUAAAACGUUACAAGUGUGAUACGUGUGGUAAAUGUUUCACAGCUUUUUGGGAUUUAAAAAAACAUGUUAAAAUUCAUUCAGGAGAAAAGCCUUACAAUUGUGACAAAUGUGGUAAAUGGUUUAAGGAUCGUGACUACCUAAAGAAACAUGUUAAAAUACAUUCAGAUUAUAUGCCUUACAAUUGUGACAACUGUGAUAAAAGUUUUUCACAACUUACUUACUUAAAGAUGCACCUUAGAAAUCAAAACUUAGAAAAGACUUUCAAGUGUGACAAAUGUGGAAAAUGUUUCACAACAAAUCAUUCUUUAAAAAACCACCUUAGAUUUCACGCAGGUGAAUUACCUUACAGGUGUGACAAAUGUGGUAAAUCUUUUGCAUUGAAGAGCAGUCUGCGGAACCACUUUAUAAUUCGUCAUAAGUGUGGCAAAUGUGGUAAAUGUUUCAUACAAAGUAAAAGUUUACAGAAACACCAAGCAAUCCAUACUGGUGAAAAGCCUUUCAUGUGUGAAAAAUGUGGUAAAUGUUUUGCACUCCUGACCUAUUUACAGAACCACUGUAAAAUUCAUUUAGGAGAAAAGCCUUACAACUGUAAGAAAGGUGAUAAGUUUUUCACUCACAUUAAAUCUGUACAGGAACACCAUAGAAUCCAUUCUGGUGAAAAGCCUUACAUGUGUGACAAAUGUGGUAAAUGUUUUGUAAGGCUGACCAAUUUACAGAACCACUGUAAAAUUCAUCUAGCAGAAAAGCCUUACAUGUGUGAUAAAUGUGGAAAAUGUUUUACAUUCUCCUACAUUUUACAGUCACACAAUAGAAUUCAUACAGGUGAAAAGCCUCACAAGUGUAUCACUUGUGGUAAAUGUUUCACACUAGAAUCAGGUUUAAAGAAGCAUCAAAGACUUCAUACUGGAGAAAAACCUUACAAAUGUGUCACUUGUGGCAAAUGUUUCACACACCCCUCAGCUUUAAAGAGCCACCAUAGAAUUCAUUCAGGAGAAAAUCUUUACAAAUGUGCCAAUUGUGGUAAAUGUUCCAAUAAUUUAGCAGGUUUACAAAAACACCUUAAAACACAUACAGGAAAAAAAAAAUACUUGUGCAUCAUAUGUGGUAAAUGUUUCUCAGACACUUCCACUUUACAGAACCACCAAAACAUUCAUAAAAGAGAAAAGCCUUACAGUUGUGACAAAUGUGGUACUCGUUUUGCACUACAGAGUACUUUACAGAAACAUCAACUCAUACAUGAGAAAAGCCUUACAAAUUUACAAAACACCUUAGAAUUCAUACAGGAGAGAAACAAGUUUGACAAAUGAGGUAAAGUUUUUCUGAUCUCAAAAAUGAUUCUUGCGUGUCUUUUUGAGAUAAACAUCACCUGAAGUGUCCUUUGAUGUGCCCUGUAUAGUGAAUGACCUUUCUUUGUGAAAUAUUGUUUAAGUUAAAGAUUAAUUAUUGUUUUCUGUUUGACUGUUAGCAUUUUUUUAUUUAAUUUCAAGGUUUUUCUUUGUUAUUUUUUGGUUUAGUUUUGUUCAAGUUCAAUGGAGAGAGUGUGUAGGUGCUUAGUACAUUCUAGUAAAUUAGUUUUAAACUAAUAUGCACUUAGUUAAAGUCAGCAAGGUAGAGCAAUAUUCAAUUAAAAUGGUAA